CGCACCGCCAAUAGGUGGCAGGGUGGUGUCAGCGAAAGUGUAAACACCAGUGACUCAUACCAAAGUCCGUAACCUUUGUCUGCCUUAUCAACGAAGUAACGAAUACAGGUUACAACUUUUGCAUUUUAACAUCGGGAAAAAACUCUAAGAGUAACGGACUCCCUUUCCCUCUUCCCUGACCACAGCAAGAUGAGCCAGUUGUUCAAUACAAUGCGGGACCAGGUCUAUCAGCCCACUACCACAACCCUUCAACAUGACCGAAGUAAAACAUGGAUGCCUUCAUUUCUAGCACAGAGCUCCUCAGGAAGUUUGUGGUCACGCACCCUGGUCCUUAUUGUGUCAGUCAUGUUUGCAGUUAUGGGAUUGGUUAUGAUAAUAGUAGGAGCAAUAUCUUACCAGUCUCUGGAAGAUGGUUCAGUCAAGGAGGUGAACAGUACAGCCUACAUCAUCAUUUUGUGUUUAGGGGUUUUGCUUGAGUUGGCAGCACUUAUUGCUGUUGUCUUCUAUAUGAGAAAUAUGGGUUACAAUGUUCCAUGUUGCCCGGGCAAAAUUGCUCGAAUCAGAAAGAGACUCCACGAGAACCAGAUGAUGGUAAAUGGACAGAUGGUUAGCACCGGAGAGCCUGUAUCUGCCCAGUAUUGCCCACCAACACAUCCAGGUGUUGGAAAUACCCCUCCACCACCAUAUACUGAUGUAUCAGAGGAACAGCAUCUCAUGGAAGAGAAAGUUGACAUUGGCGAUGACACCGAACGUAUUCUAGAGGAGGACCCACGAAUUGUUCUUACUCCCCUGAAGCCCCAUGAAGAGUGUUAGAUCCUUCAUCCUAUGUACCUUGUUGGUGUAACCACCCUUCCACAGCUCAUUUUGGACAUUGAACUGCUGGAUAGAGGGAGAUGUGGUUGCAUAUCCUACCAUUCAAGCACCAUUUGCUUCAACUGAUACCCUGUCUCCAAGUCUUUUGGCAAAUUCCAGUUGGGAUGUACAGAUGCAACAAGGAAACGACACCGACAGUCUUGUUUCUUGAACUUGUGUAUUCUCGUUUGUAAGUGAGAUCAUUUAAGUCAAGGAAUUUGAUAUAAUUUACUCAUUAGAUUUUAGGUUAUUUCAGUCACCCAAGUUACUGGUUUAUUUCUGUCACUUUAUUUUCAAGAUCUUGAGUCAUCAUUUAAGGUACAUAGUUUUACACUAUUUUGUAGGUUUGUUUAUUGCUCUUUAUUGGAAAAAUGCCUGAAAUUUAUUUUAUUGUAAUAGAGCUUUGUUCAGUGUCUCGCAACGCAAAUAUGACCCCACUCAUUCGAGUUAUUUCAAAAAAAAAAUUUUCUACAGAAAUUGUCAACCUGGUUUAUUAUCAGAUGAUAUCCUUUUUUACUUUUGUAGGAUUUAUUUAGGAAUUUUAGGGAUCAUUGAGUGAUAUUGAGAGCUUAUGCCAUUUAUCCAUGACUUAUUAAUAUUAGGUUAUACAUUACAGUAAAACAGUACAAGAGUUGAAAGAGAGAAAAUCACUUAGUAAGGGCAAUUUAUUGCAGUCCUAAUUCAGCUUGUACUCAAGGUGGAUACUGAUGCUGAUCAUCUCAAGUGUAGGUGAGAAAUAGCUUUAGUAAAUUUUAUUCCAAUAUUGUAGCAAAUGUGUAUAAUAUUCAUGGUCCAUGAAUAAUCAAGUUAGCAUCUGAUAUUGUGUACUUAUGCUUACAAGUGUGGUAUGUAUUUUAUGUUUUUUAUUUUAAUGAGUGCUGUUUGUUUCAUUGUCUUUUCUCUUAUGUUAUAGUUGGUGUUCCUGAAACCAUUCACCUUUUUUUUUUAUUAAUAAAAACCUAAUGAUUAUCCUUUAGGUUAUGAAGGGUAUAUGUAUAAUUUUAUAAGCUAUGAGGAAACACGAACAUUUUCUUUUCAAUAAUGCAGUAAAUGUCAUGUAGUUUACGGUAGCACUUUUUUUUUAAGGAAAGCAACAGUAGAUUUUGCAUGAGUUGUUAGUUGAAAGUGAUAGUACUUAAGUAUCUUUUUCACAUAAUGUAAUUUAUAGAUUUUUUGAAGAGAAAGAAGUGCAGUACAAGACAAACAUGCAGACUUGAAAUUAUUUCAAAGGUAAAAGUGAUAGAUACGUAUAUGAGUAUUUUGUCCAAAUAAGUUUGAAAAGCUUCGAAUUUUUUUAAUUUAAAAAAAAUUCAAGUAGUGUUUAUGUAAGUAAAAGUAUUUAGAUCCCUCAUUCAUGGUUUGAAUGGAUUUCAGUCAUGUGCAGGUUUUACUUUUACCCACUAAGGAAGUUAAUGUUUGGGGCAAGUUGAGUCUACUGUUGUACAUGAUCAAUAUUUUCCCUUUUUCUGUGGAAGGCACCAGGCUUGAAGUACAUAAUGAGUUUAGUGAAUUUAUUUUUGUCAAGAUUGCUUAAAUAUCCAAGCUCUUGAAAAUGCCAAAUAAAUGAAAGGAUGCCAAGUUUGUCUUAUGGAAGUUUGUCAGGUAGAAUGUCUGUUGAUUUAUUUUUUUACUGGUAUGUAUUCUGGUUGGUUUAUAUUUCUGUUUUCACCAGCAGUAAGUAUUUUUUUUACAUCUAUGUUGCUGCUAUCCUGUUCUGUCUUCAAGAGGAGCCUUCUCUGCACAUCCAGGUUGUAUACAUAAGUAGUAUGCACUUAUAUGUAUACACUAUUUAGGUAUAAUUGUAUACACAUCAUUUACUAAGCCUCCCAAGUAUUAAAUGUAAACCCAGAAUAAAGAAAAAUAUUAUGCAUCACAUAGAAUGUGAAACCAUGGCCUUGCCUUAUAUGGACAGUAAGUUAUUCUGCUUCUGAAUCAAGGUUUUUUUUUUUUUUUUUUUUUUUUUUUUUUUUUUUUUUUUUUUUUUUUUUUUUUUUUUUUUUUUUUUUUUUUUUUUUUUUUUUUUUUCCCCUAUUUUAAUAAACAAUCGAGUGCCUAUACAUAAUGUACUAGAUAUAUAAGCAUUGUCUUUUACACUCAAUGGGAUUUUGUCAAAUGAUGUUCUAGGUUCUGAUAUUUGUAAAUCACCUUAUAUGCGAUCACAUCGCCACAAUUUUAAGGUAUCAUUCUUCUUUUUGAUGCAAUUAUUAGGAUGUGUAUUGAAUUCAGAACAUCUUCAAAGUUUUUAUGUACGAUCAGUCUUUCACUAGGUAUGUGGAAGAUUUUUGCCUUUGUGACUUUUGUCUCUUAUUUUUUCUUGAGUUAUUAAUUUGAAAAAAGAAAUAGGCUUCUCAUUAAUAGAAAGGUACCUAAAGAUUUAAGUUGAUUGUAAGAAUCUGCCUCCACCAGUAUUACAAUGACUGUUGGAGUAGUGCUGCAUCCCAAAAUUACAGCAUAAUUAUUUAUACAGUAAUAUACAAGCACAUGUAUCUCUACACUCCGAUGUUCACUUACAUUCUGUGCAGAGUGAAAAGUUGUUACAUGCUCAAACCUAGUUGGUUUCAUUGAAGGUUUUAGUGUUGUACAAUUCUUUUCUCUAUUGGCAAAAUUUAAUUAAUUCUGUUGUUAUUGUGCACCAGCAAAUGUUUUAAAAUGGCAUCAUUAUUAUCUGUUGGCAUUCUCUAGUUGCUUGUUAUUAAUUUUAGAUUUAUACUUAGGAGAGAAAAAUUAUGGAAAUUUAUAUAACCGUCCAAAAAGCUGUCCACUUUUAACUUUUAAGGGUUAUUGUGAGUAAUCUUGCCAUUUUUUUUUAAGUUUAUAAGCAUAUUGUAAGGAGAGAAUUUAUACAUGAAUUAUACACACUUUUGUUUUUAAGACGGUGAUGGAAAGUCAUAUUCCUUUCCUUACAGAGUUUACGAUUUUCCUCAUGUAUAUCAAAGAUCUGGUUAGACUUUUUCUUGGAUUUAUUUUAUAGGUAAUACAGACAUUAUAUUUGUGCAGAUUGAAGCUCAUUUCCAGGAAUCUGGUAUAAUAAAAAAUGAAGUUUGCAGAAGUGUGCUUUUUGAAAGAAAUUUUUUUUAGUAAAUUUGUGUGAAAUUGCAAAACCAAAUUUCAAUAUUAUGUAGUGAUGGGAAUUAUUACCAGAUUAGAAUAUUCAACUAUAGUCAGGUAUUUCAAGUAUCAUAUGGGUUUGGUGGAGUGUGUAAUACAGUAAUGGUGUACUAAAUUUCAAGUUGUAAAACAAUAUAUCAUAAGUUUCUAUUCAAGCACUACUUUAAAAUUUAGUUUGUCAGACCUGCAAGUUUAAUAUAGCAAAUGGCAACUUAUUUAGAGCAUUUUCAAAUUAUGUAAACCCCAAAUGCAUAGAUUGCAGAUCCAAUACUAACUGUUCAGCAUUCUGUGGUAUUAUGCAGAUUGCAACCGACAGUGAAAUCAGUCUCCGAAACAAAUCCAGUUAGGAAAUUUUUUCCAUCAACAUUUUCAAUGUAUGCAAUCAUGGAAUUUGUAAAGAACGGUAGUUAAUUAAAUAUUUCAUAAAUAAUAUAUGGGCUACCCUAAUAUUGGUGCAAUUAAACUAUAUCAUAAUACCGUGAUAAUGAAGUUGCUAACUUGGUGUCUCAUUUUGGGUAUUCAACUUGCUGAUAUUAUAUUUGUGAUGAUGCUGUAUGCAUUUAAGAGUUAAAUUGGAUCCACAAAUUUUUAUCUCAGGUUUGUUAAGAUGUGAAAUAUGAGUCAAUAAUAAGAAUAAUGGAUCUACUAAUAUGAUGUCUGUCCAAAUUAUAAGAAAGACUUUUGCUUGCUAGUCAGGACAGUGAUGGAAUAGUGUGCUGAAAUUUCACAACACAUGGUUCAAGUUCUUGAUUAUGAAAAAUAUCGAGGUAAAAGGGGUUAUAGAGAAAUCCAAAAUUUGUCUUUUCUUUGGAUGUAACAAGUUUUACCUGAAUAACGUGGUACAGUUUCAUGAUAUUAAUGUAGUGAUUAAAACACACACACACACACACACACACACACACGAGAGAAUGCCACAGGAAAAAUAAAGGCAGAAAUUCAAACCUAGCACUUUCGUCCUUUAAUGAGACAUUGUCGUGGCACAAAUGAGAUACAGUUGAAAAGAAAGUUACAAGGUAAACAAAAGAUCAAGAAUACCAAAUGGUUAAUCUUCAAAAAGCUAAAUAUCAGAGAGAGAUAAUCCAGGCUAAUCGGGUAUCAUACGGUUACAAGCUAAAACAGACUUAAAUCAUAGGAGAGACAGAAGCUUACCCAUAUGACUAAGCUUCCGUUUUUCUUACAGUUAAGUCUGUUUUAGUUUGUGACAGUGUGAUCUCCGAUUAUCCUGGAUUAUCUCUUUGAUUUUUACCUUUUUGAAAAUUAACCGUCUGGUAUUGUUGAUCUUUUUGUUUACUGUCUAACUUUCUUUUCAACUAUAUCUCAUUUGUGCCUCGACAAUGUCUCAUUAUAGGACAAAAGUGCUCAGUUCGAAUUUCUGCCUAGAAUUUUUCCUGUGACAAUCAUGAAGUCACGUGUAACUUACCUCACAUUUCUGAGAAGUAUAACAGUUCUUUCAUACAUAUAUUUUUUUUAUGAAUAAUAAUGUUUUUAUGAAUAUUAUGAGUUUGGGCUCCUUGAUUUCCUAUUCUUUCCCUCAGGAUGAAGGGCUUGUGAUUAUCAGUAAGAUUCUGUAAGUGUUGUUUUUUUUAUUUUGUCAGUAUCAGUUAGUCUUGAAGUUUUAAAUUGUCUCUUGAGGUUUUAAAAACUCAUGUAAACUUGUGUGCAGCACAGUGUAGGUAAUGAUUUUUAUAUUCCAUUGUGAAAGUUGUGGGUUAAGUUUUUCAAAUCAUGAUUUGGCGAAUUGUGAAAUAACUAAUGAAAACAAUUUGCCCACCCCUCAAUUGCCUUAACCUAGUCCUCUACUACAACUAAGUAUAAGAUCUACUUUGAGGUUUAUAGAUACAGUUCAAGGUAUUAUGUAUACUUAAAAUCUCAAAGCAAGCAAAAUUGCUAAUUUCUUAUAAUAAUAUAGACCAAGCAGUACUGGUGUUUGCUGUACUGUUGCUUAACCAAUCCAAAGUUUGUGUGAUGUGGCUGUAUCCAUAAGCAUUCCAAUUUUACAAUUUGAAUCUGACGUAAUUGCAAAAAUGAUAAAUGUGGUCUGCAUUUAUUGCAUAUUUUUGGAAAUGGCUGUGGAGUUUGUCGAAUCAGGGCAUAUUGGUAGAAUAAUUAAUUUUCCUAUCUUGGUAAAGAGUUUCCUUGCCUUUGCUUGUGUUUUAUCUUACUAAUGUAUAUGAUGGUAGAUUAUGAAAUCAAAACUUCAUGAAUUCUAUUCAGAAGUUAUAACUAGAUUUCUUCACUGAUUUUUUUUUUUUAUUUUUUAUUUUUUAAGCAAUUACAUAUGGAUUUCUUCCAGUUCCACAAAAUUUGGCAUCUGUUAUUUUGGUAGUGAUGCCUUGUUCUUUUCUAUAUGUGGAUCAUCCACAAGAAGUUGAACAUGUAGUUGUAGUUUGUUGUUUGGCUUGUGUAUUCUUUUUGGAUUAUUUUAGAUAUUGGUUUGUUUUUUGCCAGGUCUGGAGAAUUGUUCCUUGACUUGGUUAAAUGUAGGUAGUUAGAAGACUGUAUUUUUGUAUAUUAGUACUAUAAAAUUAGUGAUCACUGUUGUCAUUUGUGGCUGAUGCAUCAAAAUUAAUUGUAAAGAUGCAAAUAAUCUUUUAAGAAAUGGAAAGUUUUAUCAUGUUAUGGGAUUAGUGUUUUUAUUAUAUGAGGUUCAUAAAUGAAUUUGUGCCUUUACAAAGCUUAGGUGAAAUUAGAUAAAGUUUUAGAAGUUGUUUCUAGCGUUGACGCAAUUAUAAACUAAACAAGUAUUGAUGUAUGCUGUUUGUAUUAUUUCUAUAUUAUGUGUAAGAUCAAUUUUUGUGAGUCUAUUACACAAGUUUUCUGUAUUAAUCAAAACUUUACCUUGUUUCAGUAGAGGAAUAGGGCUUAUAUUGCACAAGAAGCCAGGAUGGAGGAACUCUUUUGGAGAAUGUACAAGUGAGAACCAUUAGUUAAUUGGUGUAACCUUAAAGAAUUUAGAACAAAGAAAUUGUUUGAGUGAAAAGUUUACCAUGAAAUUUUCUUGUGCCUUUGACCCUUGUUUCUCGACAAAAGACCAUUAAAUUGCCUUGAUUCUUGGCUAUUCAAUGAAUUUGUUUUUUAAGUCUGACCAUGCUAUUGUAUUUUAUUCAUGAGAUUGAAGGAAACUUAUCCUUAUAAGGGUGUAAGUGGUUAGUGUGUGUGACUGUUUGUAUAUCUAAUGUCAUUUUUUCCCAGUCCAAUUUCAAUUGAUUAUAACACUUAAUACAAUAUUACAAGUGACAUUAUCAUCCUUUAGCUGCCGUCCAUGAUUUUAGAUAUUGAUAUAAGCUUUCAGUGCAACCAGUUUUGAUAUAUUUGCAUACCCUAAAUACAGUAUUUUGAUAUGAGAGUAUAUUUGUUGAUACAUGCUAUUUUCACUGGCCUUUAGUCUUGCUUUUCCUGCCCCUUUAAAGCUUUACUCAUGAUAAUACAUAUGAGGACUACCACCCAAUUAUGCUACAGUUUUGGAGUGGAACAUUUAUCAAAAUAAAUUUGAGCUUUACAGUUGCUUAUUUUUUGCAAUGACGACAUUGAUUGCUUUUAUUUACCUUGAAAUUCAUUGAACAUAUCAAGACAUUGUGCAUCAGUAUCAUGUUGAAAUCUCUUUUAGCAAUAGUAACAAAGGAUGCCUUUCAAGUUUUCAUGUUUAUAUUUUUUUCUGUCCCUUUGGCUGAGGGUUGACUUGACUGUGAAAUAGUUGAUUGUAAGAGAUGCAGAGACUGGCAUUUUAAUGUCAUAUGAUGUAGAAUUUUUGUAUUGACAUUUAUCAAGGAAUAGUGUUUAGAAUGAAAAUUAUGGGAUAUUUAAAAUGUUUCUUAAAUCUUUUCUUAAACCACCUUAAUCUCUUCCAUGUAGGAAGUGUAGCAAGUUUUAAUAUUUUCUUUUGAUAUACAUUCAUCAUAAAAAAAUUAUGCUGUAAGAUACUGUAUAAAACUUGACUGAAUAGAUUUCUGUAUCUGAUAUGAGCAGGCAAGCAUAUGGCCAGCAACACUAAAAACAUGAUGAAUUUGGCAUUAUUGCUCUAUAUAGAUUAGAAAGUUUUAUUGUAUUGUUUUUAUUAAGAGUUAACAGUGUUGCCUUAAAAAUAAUGCUGGGUCUAUUGGUUUAUGAAUAACAAAUAUUUAUUAUAAAUCAGUAAUGAUUCUGAGCUUUAAAUGUUAUAUAAUUUUUUUAUUUUACUAUAAAUGAAAAGUCAUCGUUGCAUAGCAAGACAGUAUAUAUAACAGUUAUCUCACUGUUAAUCAACAUUCCAUUUUUAUUCAAAACUCCAACUAUACUGAAAGCACAGUGUGAAGUUUUGACAAAUUAAAGUUAUAAAUGCCUUG